AUGGACGCCGCCGCAAUGGAUCAUCUUCUCAAGCCGUCCAUCGCGAUCAAGCCUCACCCGCCCGAUUUGCACGUCCAACCGCGGGUUCUGCUGCCGCUGAUGCUCCUUCCCAGACAGCAUCUCCCUCUUUCCAGCCUGGACUUUUCGUCCCCGGAGCCUGGAUUCCCCCGGACCCGUCUCGUGGAGUCCCGCAUCAAGAUUCUGGACCUCGAGUCACGCCUCGGGUGCACACCGAACGUGCUCAUAGCCAAGAACGACGCCAAGGGAACCCUGUAUGCCCUGGAACGAGAGGCAAAUGGGCUGUACGUGGUUUGCCGGCUGGGACCUUGGGUCGAUCUCGGCCAGUUGGUAAUGAAUGCCUCUGCUGCAUCUUACGACCGCCUGGCACGCCGCCACCUUGCUCCGUGUACGCUCGAACCUGCCGGACCAACCGUCACUCCUCAAAUGCAUAAGGAGCAGAAAAAGAAGCGCGCUGCUAUCGAGGCUAUCCAAAGUCUGGUCAGGAAGAAGUCGAAGCCUCAAUCAGUGUCCCAGGCCAAUGAAGGAGGCGACUCAAGCUGUCAGCCCGGCGUGGUUGCUCAAGGUGGCUCGCAGCAACUUCCGUCAGCAGAGACCAAUUCAGAAGAGGUUGCUGCUACUGAAUACCCAUCAGAUAUGCCACAGCUUCCGCUGGAUAUUUCCAUAGAGCCCACGGCGCCUAUUUCCUCUCCCCAGAAUGCAGAAGCAAUCUUGGACCAUAUUAGAGCCCAAUACUUUGAAGCUCUCUACAGAUCCAUGGGUUCGCUGGCUUACUUUGCCAAAGGGCCAUUAUCUCGUGCCCGAUCAGCUUUCCGCCUAGAUCUCGAAUCCAACCUGGAAAUGGACGACUUGGUCGACUUCUUGAAGAGCUUGAUUCUCACGACUGUGCAAAUUGACAAGAAAUAUCGCGAAAGUAUUCCCGACAUCAUCAAUAAAAUGAAAUCUUUUGUUGAUACGUCCGACGACGGCGCCAAGAAGAGGCGAAAGUCUAAAAUGAUGAAGCUGGGCAGAAACUCGCUUUACCCUCUGGAAGACGAGAGUAUCCGCAACUGGUGGAAGGCUGCUAGGCCAGAACUGAGUGACGAGGAUGUAAGCAUUUCCUCUUCGCAGAUCAAGUCGCAUGUGUCUGUGCUACGCACCAGGGAAACGCAACUGCAAAUGAUCUUGAUCCUCGAGAUCCUCGCCCUGGAAUCCCUCAAAAGUGCAGAUGACCCUGGUGGAUCAAGCCUGCCAUUGUCGGCGGGAGAAGGGUCCCAACUACAAGAAGCCAGCAAGACGCCAGCCCCCAGGAGACGAAACAAACACAACCUACCACUGCUGGUAGAUGUGCACGCUGACAGGCUUACCAUUUGGCAAUCGACAGCCUCUGAUGAACAGCUCAUGAUGGGCGACUCGCAAGCCACGCAAGCUUCCUCACAUAACCACACUCAGCCAAAGAGCUCCCCUGAGCCCCUGAAAGACUUUUGCGUCGACAUUAUCGUACCCUUCUUUUCAGCACGUUUACCUGAGCUGUGCAAUGCAAUCAACCUCAAACUCGGCGGUCCCGUCAUUGUGUCUCCAAUCAAGUCACAGUCAUCGAGGGCGUCGUCAAGCAGACGAGAACGGAAACCCGGUGCUGCGACAAAACGAUCGGGUCAGCCUAACGCAAGGAGGACGCUACAGCGCGCCUUAUCGACGGAGCAAUUUCACCGCCGGAGCGUUUCUAGAGGUCCCAGCAACGCCAUCGCUUUGAUGCGUUCAGCCACAUCAACCUCUGUAUCAGGUGUGAAGCGAGAGGGAAGCGAACCUCUGUGCCUGAAGGAUUUGCCCAAAGGGGAGGUGCUCAUGUGUCGAGCCAAGCAAUCACCGUUAUCGCGCGUCCACAACACGAAUGUUCUGCAAGGCAUGAAAGCAAACAGGAAAGCUUUGGUAGAAGCGGAGCUUAAGGAUGCCAUUUCAGCCCUCAGAAAGCCGAACCGCGAAGUCAUUGGUAGAGCCAUGGCAGAGGCAGAUGAGCGUCGAGCUUCGACAAGUUUAUCGGCCAAGAGAGCGAAAAAACCAUCGAGGAUCGCCAUCCCGGCUUCGGUUCAGGUCAAGGCCACACCUGCCAAUAACCGCUUCAAAGACGCGUUGGCCAUUAAACCGGAGCCAAGCGCGGACAUGUCCGCAGAUGGUACUGACGAACUGGUUCCGCAUUCCAGCGUAGGACAUGUGGUUCCGUCGACGGGCCACAGACAUGGCCGUCGAGACGCUCUGGCCGAAAGCGCAUCCCCAGCCGGACAUUGCGCGGGCCGAACACCGGCCGGACUACCUGCUCAGCCCAGUUUCAUCAAGCGCGCAGAGACGUAUCAAGAACCUGCUCGUUUGCCACUGUCGCCUCUACACGGCAAGAGGAGAACCGUGGCCGAUGAGGCUUCGAAUGCCGGCGACGCGGGCGACGCAAGCCACGCAUCGGUGGACUCUUCGCCGCCCAUGCCUCGAUCUCGCGAAAUUCCGGGCACGCCCACCAGAAGAAGCAGUCUGUCAAGGCUGGAUCUGGCGCACAGUCCGGCACCGGGGCACGAGCAGGCUCAUUCGAGACAAGUCUCCAUCUACGAGAAGCUGGGAUGGGACGAUGACUUUGACGACACUUGA